AUGCAGGGGGACGACCUCGUCGGCAUGGCCUCGGGUGUCCCGCACCAGGACGACCCUACAGUCGCCGAGCUCAUUUCAAUGUGGGUUGCACCGCCCGCCCGCGGGAGCAGCCUCGCCCGCCGGCUGAUCGACACCGUCGCCUCCGCCAUGGCCGAGCACGGCGCUGAGCGGCUCGAGCUGUCCGUCAAGCCGAACAACCACCGCGCCCGAUGUGCCUACCUGCGGGCAGGCUUCACCGUGACAGACGCCCCCGGCGACCUGCUCCCCGACGGCCGCCACGAGCUUGUGAUGCAUCGCAGCCUCGUUGCCGAGCGAACAAACAACCAAGGGGCCGUGCAGGGUCGGGACGGUCAACAUUGA